AUGUAUGCGGCGGCCAACAUGGUCCGUGCACGAGCCUGUGGCAAGCUCGUGCUCGGUGACAAGGCGAACCCUCAGACGACUUUCCAUCUCAACGAGGGGCACGUCACCGACAUGUGUGAGAUCGGCGGGGACCUGCAGUCCCAGCGCGAUGUCCACUACGAGGUCAAGGUGCCUAGCGCCCUCACAAAGACGAGGCAGGCUGGGCAGGGCUCGGCGGCACACGGCGGAUGCUGUGCGUCACUGGGCCACAAGUUUGGCUUCGGCAACACCCUCGACCAAACCUUGCUCAAGGUUCUUGGGUGCAAAGAGCGCGGCCACAAGUCACAGGGCCCGCUCGUCCAUGCGACCGGCAAAGGCUGGGUCAAAGAGCACAAGGGACAGUACUACGACGCGCUCCAUGUCAAGAACGGAAUCGUCAAAAUUUGUCUCGUCGAAAGCCAGGGCGGCAUCGCGCCGCCGACCAAGAGAAUCAUCCACAACUUCGCCAAAGAGGUCGGCAGCCCGAGCGCCGUCGACCGCACCGACUACGGCACAGCCUCCGGCAGCGCCCGGGGCUUCGCCCAACACCACUCGCAACAGCUCUCGCGCGCCGCCGUCAGUGGCGAUGCGCAAAACAUCAACAACGCUGCUCGCAACAUGCGUGUCGCGCACUCAUUCAUGACCGGUAGCGUGCUAGCCACCCGUCACAAUUCGCGGCAUAUACCCGGGUGGCGACGCCCCCCGCUCGGCAUGCUCCCACAUAGCGGUCCACGCAAGCGCGACCGCGUCGUUGUGGUCAGGAGUACGACCGCGCUCCGCUGCGCGCUUAUCGUGGGGUCGCUCGUGCUAGCCUGCAUGCUCUUCGCUGCUUGGGAGGCUCGAACGAGUGCAGCCAGCACAGCCGCAGCACGCCGCGCCUCGGCCCUCGCGGCCCAUCACAACUCGCUAGCGCUCGUCCGCCGCGCGCUCGAGCUGCAGAUCGAGAUCGAGUCGCAUGAGGCUCGCGGCGGCGAUUUGCUGGCGCUCUACCUCCAGCUCGAUCGAGAGAGGCUGCCCGCACUCGAGGCCGCGGUCGAGGCGGCCCUCGACGGCUGCGACGGCUGCGUUUCGGGGAGACGGAACGUCUCGGCGCUGCUGCACGCAUUCCUCGGAGAGACGCACGCGCGCGCCCAAAAGGCGCUCGACGACAUCGACCGCAGAGGCACGCGCAGCCGCGAGCGCGCUCACCAGCUCGCCUCCGAGGUCGCAGCGAUCGCCCGGGCCGACCGAGAACGGCUUCGGUCUGAGCCGCUUGGUGCGGCCGACAUCGGUUGGGCGGUGGAUGCGGAGCUGCAGGUGCCGCUCCGCGCGCUCGCCGUCGCGCUGCGCAGGCCGAACGCGACGUUUGAGCUCGGUCCUGCCGCGCUGCGCGAGUGGGGCGAGGCGCUCACUGCAGCGAGGCGCGAGGGGAGGCCCACCGCAGCGACCCUCGGGCGGCUGGCCCGCCUCGUCGCCGCCGCGCCGAUCGAUCCGGGCCACCGCGGUCGCGCCGCGGUCCUCUCUGCUGCUCGGGCGGCUGGAGCGUCUGGAGUGGCGGUCCGGCAGGGCGAGGCGGCCGCGGGAGGCGAGGCCGGAGGCGAGGCUGGAGCG